CUCAAACGGGAGAAUUGUCAGCAUCUGCCCACUAAAAUCGUACAUGUUAGGUAUUCUUUUUUCACCACUAGCGUCGCUAAUGUUCCUUUUGUACUGACGUGAAUAUAGCAUCGUAAAUACAUGUGAAGUGAGCCAGUAAAUAUCUUAACCGCAAUUUUUGUAAGUAAAUAAUAACAAAUGUGUCUAAAAAUCUCGUAAAAUAUUUUUAAUAAUUUUGUAAGUUCUAUUUUUAUAAAAAAAUAAAAAAUGGGCAGAGUGUGUGCCGUUAAAAAUUGUAAUAGUGGAAGUGCGGCUGAUAAAAAACGACGGAGUGAAUUAAAUUUAAAAAGCCCAGGAUUUUUUAAGGUACCACAAUGUCCAUUGAAACGUCAGCAGCGGAUAGACUCGUUAACAACAGAAUUAAACGACCGUCAGUAUGUUUGUGAUUUGCAUUUUCAAAAUGAUGCAAUUCAAAAUUCCUAUCUCACAAAUUUACCAAACGGUGAAGUAAACAAAAUUGUAAAAGGUAGAAUAACUCGUAUGCCAGGAUCAGUUCCACUGAUUGUCAAUGUCAAACAAUCUUCAAUUAUUGGUGACUGUAAAAUCCAAGCUUUGAAUGAGUCAUCAAAGAUGCGUCAAUUAAUUCAUGAGCAACAUGAACAAAACCUGCAGUUUCAAGCUAUUGGAGAACACCAGGGUCAAUUGUUGUAUGAGAUAUCAGAGAAACCUAAAUCACUACAUGAGAAACAUAAACAAAACCAAGAGCAACACGUAAUUGAAGAGGACCGAGAUAAAUCGUUGAAUAAGACAUCGGAGAAGCUUGAAUCACUACAUGAACAAGAUCAUCAUCAGCAGCAGCAGCAGCAAGUUAUUGAAGAACACCAGGACCAAUUUUCAAAUGAAACAUUUGAGAAGCCUAAGUCAGUAAUUGAACAAGAUCAGCAGCAGCAAGUAAUUGAAGAACAAUUUAACUUCGAUGACAUGAGAACAGAAAACCAGGAACAAUCGUAUCACAAGAAUCAAGAAAAUGAACAAAUCAAUAACAUUCUACCGCAAUAUAGAUUACCAGUGAAACGGAAAUUAAAAUAUCCUGAUGAAAAUGAGACAUUGAAGCGUCAAAAAUAUUCUGAGCAUGAUAUUGAUAUUAACCGUCAAAUAAAUUUUGAUAAUGAUACUGAAAUUAUGGCCAUCAUUAUUGAACUGAACAAGUUGUUUCCAAUUGGUUGGAGCUUUUUACCUGGUAUUAAUCAAUUAAUAGCGAUUCAGUUUGAUCGUAUUAAAUUUAAAGAAAGAGUACGGUUGGUCCUAAAUGACGAUCAUUUUGUAUCGGUUACAUUUUUAGAAAAUUAUAAAAAAAAAAUUGAUAGACAAAUAAAAUCAGUCAAUGAUUUAAUUGAGUGUUUAAAAUCUAUGGAACAAAAAAAAUUAUGCACUGGAACUGGAUAUGACAAAAAAAGUUAUUCAUUAAAAUGUUAUGCUGACGUGACUGACAAAUACAAACGUUGUCAAGCUUGUCCGAGAUGUCAAGAAUGUCAAAAACUACGUUUAAAUUUACAAAAAGUAGAAAAAAGUCGAAUCCUUAAUACUGAGAACAAAAUAAAAAGAAAAACUUCUAAAGCUACCAAUUUAGGACUCUAUAAAAAAACAAAACGUAUUCAACAACAGCUGCAAUUAUCUACGUUAAAAUUACGUAGUAUUCAGAAAAACAAAAACUGUGUAUGAAGGCCAAUUUAAUAAAAAACUUUCUUUGCUAC